AUGCAUCCUCAGCGCCCGACCAUGAGUACUCAUGCUUCGGCACACCCUCACCCACAAAGCUGGACCAAGACGAUCAUCAAGGGCAGGAACAAGGCUUGCAGCAGGUGAGUGCUAGAGCUCCAGUCUUUCGCUUCCGUACUCGACGACUCCCAGCCCGAGGUCGACGGACUCGAGCCCGCUCACUAGGCGGGCGGUAGCGAUGCGCUCUGCAUGUGGGGCGGUGGUGUUCCGUGUGCACGCGAGGGCUGACUCGAAUUUCGCCUUGGACAAUGUCGGGAAUCGUCGGGCACCAGAUGCCACAUUCGUCGGGUUCGCUGUACGGGCACAGAGGGUGAACCCUGUUAUGCGUGCCUACGAACUGGUAAGUGUCGGCCGAAUCGGGCUCCAAUGUCAACUAGGCCUCGAUCGCUGAGUCUCGGAUCGGCUCUGUCCUCAAUCCCUUCUGCUCUUCCUCUCGCAUCUACGUAGCCAAAGCAAGGAACCACGACCUCGAGCAAGUCUAUUGCGGGUAUCGCAGCGCCAGUUGCAGCGAAGAAAUCUUCGACCACAUCAAUCGUAAGUCCCAGCCCCACUCCCCAUCACGAACCUGGCUGGUGUGCGGAGGUCGGGCGGCGCCGCGAACACGAAAGGGGGUCUGUGCAGGCGGCGCCAGCGCGCGACACCCCUUUCAACAAGGCGGCGCCGCCCAAGUUGCUACUCGCGAGUCGCGGCGCGCGGGUUGGGGCGCUUACUAG